AUGCAAAGAGUAGCAGAAGUCAGGAAUCCAGCUCUUCAGUACCUGAAUAUCUCCAUCUCCUGCCACACGAAUGCGAAAUUCUACCCUCCUUGGAUAAGCGGCAAGGAGACAAGAGAUGGCUUGAAGACAAGCACAGUGCUCAGUAAAACCUGUAAGAGAAGGCCACUGGACUUGUGGCGCCCGGGGUGCAAAGACAGACAGACAUUAGGCCUUGGGAAGAGACUCCACACCGCUGGCCCGUCCAACAGACCACAGCAGAGAGAUGGACGCCUUCGGAUCAGCGGUGGGCACCUAAGUCUGACCCGGGAGGUGGCGCCGGGAGCCAAGGCAGGAGGGCAGCGGAGGACAAGCUCUGGGUCCCGGUCUCCACGCUGCGGGCGAGCUGUCACCUGGAGAGCUGUCAAGCCUCCCGAGCCCACGCCGCCUCCGAGACCAGAGAAAGUUCGAUUGUGCUCCAGUCCUCUCGGGACCCUAAGGCCGCUUCUGCAGUUAGUGUUGCGGGCAAGACCUGGGAGUCAGGUUGCACUUUGGUGUGACCAGCCCUACGUCAAAGAAGCUAAGAAGAAAGCACCCUGUCCUGGACUUGGCUUGUUUUACACAUUAUUGUCUGCCUUCCUUUUGUCAGUGGCCUCUUUAUUUGUUAAAAAAGUGCAAGACGUCCAUGCUGUAGAAAUUAGUGCAUUUCGAUGUGUGUUCCAAAUGCUAGUUAUUAUCCCUUGCUUAAUAUACAGAAAAACUGGGUUUAUAGGCCCAAAAGGUCAACGACGUUUCCUCCUUCUCAGAGGAGCCCUUGGUUCUACUGCCAUGAUCCUUAUAUACUAUGCUUUCCAGACAACGUCCCUCGCAGAUGCCACAGUUAUCUCCUUUAGCUGCCCAGUGUUUACAGCUCUGUUUGCUUGGAUAUUUCUCAAGGAAAAGUAUAGCCUUUGGGAUGCUUUCUUCACCUUGUUCACAAUCACCGGAGUGAUCCUUAUCGUGAGACCACCAUUUUUGUUUGGUUCCAACACUUCGGGGAUGGAAGGAAGCUAUUCAGUCCACCUUCAGGGAACAUUUGCAGCUAUUGGACAUGCUGUGUUUGCUGCAAUGACUCUAGUUAUCCUAAGAAAAAUGGGAAAAUCUGUGGACUAUUUUCUGAGCAUUUGGUAUUAUGUCAUACUUGGCCUCACUGAAAGCAUCAUCGUCCUCUUUAUACUAGGAGAAUGGAGUCUUCCUUACUGUGGGCUGGACAGGCUGUUUAUCAUACUCAUCGGGCUCUUAGGUUUGGGGGGUCAGAUCUGUAUCACGAAAGCAGUUCAAAUAGAAAAAGCAGGACCUGUGGCAAUAAUGAAGACAAUGGAUGUGGUCUUUGCUUUUACCUUUCAGGUUAUUUUCUUUAAUGAUAUUCCUACCUGGUGGACAGUGGGUGGUGCUCUCUGUGUAGUAGCCAGUAGUACUGGAGCAAUUAUUCGCAAAUGGCUCCAAAGUUCCAAAUGAAGCAUUUUUGUUGAAAUCUAUAUCUUUUUUAAGCAUAUAUCAGCCAGUUCAGACAUAGUACAAACAUACACACACACCUGGAAAAUCUGCAUUUAUUCCUUGAUUAUAUUUAAUAAAUUUCAUAAAGUACCAUUUUUGAAUAUGGUAUUUUUCUAAUUAAGAAUAGCUAGUCUGUUUGGUGUAGAAAGUUUUUUGUUAGAUUUUGAUUUUGUUUGGGUUUUUUUUUGUUUUUUUUUUGUA